AUCAUUCCUCUCUCUCUCAUUCUCGAGCAGCUUCUCAAUCUGGUGUUGGCACAUUUCGCCAGACACAACAUUCGAGCCUUCGGUAUCUCCUCAUAUCUGAAAUUCUAUCGACGGACGGGACGUGCGUGCGAAGGGAAAACUUCGACGAUUCUGUGAGAAGAAAAUAUGGUUCGAUCCACUUUUAUUGAUGUGCUUCUGGCAAUUCUCCUGCCCCCACUAGGAGUAUUUCUCGCCUUCGGCUGUGCGGCUGAGUUCUGGAUAUGUUUACUUUUAACGUUCUUGGGGUACAUUCCCGGCAUCAUAUACGCCUUGUAUGUAUUAGUAGGCUGAGCACGACGAACAGAAUGACUCGAACAGAUGGUCAACUUGGAGACUCAGAUUUAGAUUGUAUAGCUGGGCGAAGAGCCUUUGCUUAUAAUUUCUUUGGUGGUUCAUAACCACCAAACUUGUACAGAUAGAUUCAGUACAGAUGGAUCACGUAGGUUUUACAUAUGCGGGUUUGAGUGCAGCUCGGGUGUUGUAUAAUCAAUACUUUGAGAACGUUGAACAUUGUAGAAUUCUGAGAUCAACGAUGAGAAGUGGACAUGCACAUAUUCAAGUUCAGGUCGUAGUUUUGUAGUCAGCGUGUUGAGUAUGAAGUUUAAUUGAAUAAGACGACGAUACAAAGAUCGUGAAAUCUUUGUUGUUGUAAAACUUGCGCAAAUUGAAAUUUUGCAAUUUAUAAUAUGAUAGUUAAUCAUUGAAACGU